GUGACCUGGAAAAUGAGGAAUGGUGUCUGGGUACAGAGCUAACUCCAGCAGCAAUAAAGACUGAGCCAGCGUUGUGUGAGACAUCAGGCCUUGCCCCCUCAGUCAGUCUCACUGUCACGGCCACGUCGCUGGAGGGGGAACAGCCCGAGCUACAGACGGAUGCCCUGAUGAAACCACUGAGCCAGAAAGCUCUUCCAGAGAUUAAAUUGGAGCCCCAUGAAGUGGAUCAGUUCCUGAACCUCUCUUCUAAGGAAGCAGUAGAUCCCCUGCAUUUGCCUCCAACCCCUCCAAGCAGCCAUGGCAGUGACUCUGAAGGAGGGCAGAGCCCAGCUAGAUCGCUCCCUCCUUCGAGCCCGAUCCAACUACAAGCCGCGGCUAAAGUGACAUCGCGCACAGCUUCAGCGCUCUCCAAUUCCCCUCUCCUGACUGCACCACAUAAAUUACAGGGGACCGGCCCACUCAUCCUGACAGAGGAGGAGAAGAGGACGCUGAUAGCAGAGGGGUACCCAAUCCCUACCAAACUGCCCCUGACAAAAGCAGAGGAGAAAGUGCUGAAGAAAAUCCGCAGGAAAAUCAAGAACAAGAUCUCUGCCCAGGAAAGUAGAAGAAAAAAGAAAGAAUACAUGGACAGUCUGGAAAAAAAAGUUGAGACCUGUUCAAAUGAAAAUAGUGAGCUGCGUAAGAAGGUUGAAGUCCUGGAGAAUACUAACAG